AUGGACCCGAUCCGGAGCUUCUGCGGGAAGCUGCGGUGUCUGGCCAGCACCCUAGACUGCGAGACGGCCCGGCUGCAGCGAGCGCUGGACAGAGAGGAAAGCGAUUUUGAAGAUUGUCCAGUGAGAAUUUUACAUGACCUUCAUUCAGAAGUCCAGACUCUAAAGGAUGAUGUUAAUAUUCUUCUUGAUAAAGCAAGAUUGGAAAGUCAAGAAAGCAUUGGUUUCAUAAAAGCAACAAAAAUAUUGAUGGAAAAAAAUUCAAUGGAUAUUAUAAAAAUAAGAGAGGUUUUCCAGAAGUAUGGAUAUAAUCCACGUGUCAAGAAAAAUUCAGUGUGUGAGCAGGAAGUCAUUGACUCUACCCCAGAGUUGUCUGAAUGUGAAAUUUUUCAAAAGCCUGAUGUGAAGGAUGAUCUGUGUGAUCCUACUGUUGCCUGCAAUUCUGUUUCUGAGAAGUCUCCACGCAGUCCACAGCUUUCAGAUUUUGGACUUGAGCGGUACAUGGUAUCCCAAGUUCUACCAAAACCAACACACGCAGUAAACGACCGAAAGGAAGAGCCCAAAAUUAUAACUCCAGCUACCAGCCAAUCACCAGCUAAAGUACUAAAAACUCCAAAAUGUGCACUAAAGAUGGAUGAUUUCGAGUGUGUAACUCCUAAAUUAGAGCACUUUGGUAUUUCUGAAUAUACUAUGUGUUUAAAUGAAGAUUAUACAAUGGGACUUAAAAAUGUGAAGAAUAAGAAAAGAUGUUUAGAUGCCGAGUAUGCAAAUUCCCCCUUGGCACCUACAUUCUGCACUCCUGGUUUGAAAAUUCCUUCUACAAAGAACAGCACAGCUUUGAUUUUAUCAAAAUACAACUCAAACCUAGCUACUCCAAUAGCAGUUAAAGCAGUGCCACCCAGCAAAGGGUUCCUCAGAUAUGAAGGACAGAACAUCCGAGAUGUUGGCAACAAAGAAAACUGCUCCUCCCACCCAUGGCUGUUGGCCUCUCAGCCUCUGCUCUCCACCUUGGCCACCCCUCUGUGGAAGUUUCGAUGGCUUGUCCUGGGUCAGAGGCACUCCGGCGGACCGUCUCCUGUGGCCAGGAGCCUCUGGAGCUUGCUGGCAGCUUCAGACUGCCCGUCCAUGGAGCCUAAGAUCCUUCCAGUUUAA